UAGAGCAGAAGCAAAGUGAAGAAAGAGAUUAGCUUCUCGAGAUUUGGUGGAGAGAGGGGCACAUGAAUCCAGAUCUGGAUUUGGAGCAGAGAGAUAUGGAAGAGAAAAGAAAGGAAAAGGGUGGAGUAAAGACAAUAGCAUUUAUUUUAGGGAAUGAGAUUUGUGAGAGGAUGGCAAUGAUGGGCUUCACCAGAAACAUGGUCAACUACUUGACAUUGCAGCUUCAUAUGCCUAUGACAACAGCAGCAAAAACUGUUACCGACUACAAUGGAACUUCCAGCCUCACCCCAUUGCUUGGAGCUUUCAUUGCAGAUUCAUACGCUGGAAAAUUUUGGACUAUCACUGUUUCAUCCAUGAUAUAUUUACUGGGAAUGAUUAUCCUGACCUUAUCAGCUGCACUGCCACAGUUAAGGCCACCUCCCUGCGAAGGCAACCGAUUGUGCAAAGAGGCCAAUGACACACAAUUGUGGAUCCUCUUUCUAUCUCUUCUACUAAGAGCCCUAGGAUCAGGCGGAAUCCGGCCAUGUGUGGCUGCAUUUGGGGCGGAGCAAUUUGUGGAGGACAAUCCAGAGCAAACUAAAAAAACAUGGGUUUACUUCAAUUGGUUCUUCUUUGCAAUGGGGGCUGCAAUGUUGAUGGCAUCCACAGUGCUUGUCUAUAUUCAAGACAACGUCGGAUGGGGAUGGGGCCUCGGUAUCCCCACCAUCGCCAUGGCACUGUCGAUAGUGGUGUUUCUGGAGGAAAGAGACAGUCCCCCUCGCUCCCUCUCCCUUGCCAUCCGUCCCCAUCCCUUCCCCUCCCUCUCCGUCCGACACCUCCAAUCCAAACAAUAUCCGGCCGGGAGUCCUUUUGUUCGUAUUUUACAAGUCAUUGUGGCAGCCUUUAGGAAGAGGAAAGUCCCCCUGGUUUCUAGCCCUGAAUUGCUAUUUUUAGACAAAGCCGCCAUUGAGACUGAAGAAGACAACAUAAAAUCCACAGGAAAACCAAAUCUAUGGAGGCUCAACACUAUUCAUAGGGUUGAGGAAUUGAAAUGUACAAUCAGAAUGUUGCCCAUUUGGGCAGCUGGAAUUCUCUUCGCCACAGCCACUGCCCAACAGAGCACAUUCUACCUGCAACAAGCCAACACCAUGAACAGACACCUCUCCAAAUCGUUCCAAAUCCCUUCUGCUUCCCUGUCUGUCUUCAGCAUGAUCCCCAUGCUCAUCACCAUAGUCAUAUACGACCGCCUGUUUGUCCCUAUUGCCCGCAAAUUCACAGGCCUGGACCGCGGCAUAAACUUUUUGCAGAGGAUGGCUAUAGGCUUCUUCCUUGAAAUCUUAGCAACUUUAGUUGCUGGAUUCAUUGAAGUAAAGAGAAAACAUGCUGCAAUAGUUAAUGGGCUUAUAGAUAGCCCAAAAUCCAUAAUUCCCAUUUCUGUUUUUCGGCUUGUACCACAGUAUGCUCUUCAUGGUAUUGCAGAGGCUUUCAUGUCAAUUGGUCAUCUAGAAUUUUUCUAUAGCCAAGCUCCGGAAAGCAUGAGGAGCACAGCUACUGCUCUGUUCUGGACGGCAAGUUCUGUCGGGGACUAUGUCAGCUCACUCCUGGUUAGUCUUGUGCACAAAUUUAGCUCGGGGGCUGAUGGAUCAAAUUGGCUUCCUGACAAAAACCUGAAUAAGGGGAAGUUGGAGAAUUUUUACUGGUUGAUUACAAUUUUGCAAGCACUUAAUUUUGUAUAUUACAUGUUAUGCAUGAAGUUCUAUACUUUUAAGCCCCUUCACAGCCUUAGAAGUGAAAGUGGAGGCUCAAAUCAGGAGGAGCUGGAGCUUGGCAGCCAAGUUUAAUUUAGUUAUUGUUGUUUGGUCUGAUGCAGCAGCACCUCCAUCAAUGAAAUAGAGAUCCUUACACCUUAUAGAUAACAAGUGAUGGUUGCAUUAUUACCUGUGAAAUAACUAAUGAAAUAAUGAAUUGUUU